UUAUUAACUUCCCUUGUGGUUAGACAGCGCCGAGGACUGCAGAGGCGCAGAGGCCGUGGGAGACGAUGGCGACGGAGAAAUUGGGGAUCAAGAUCGAGAAGAACCCGCACGAAUCCAAGAUCGCUGAUCUCGGCGUCAGGCAAUGGCCAAAAUGGGGAUGCCCUCCCAGCAAAUUUCCAUGGACAUACACAGCUAAGGAGACUUGCUAUCUGCUAGAGGGAAAAGUAAAGGUGUACCCUGAAGGCCAUGGAAAUGAGUUUGUGGAGAUUGAGGCAGGUGAUUUGGUGGAGUUCCCCAAAGGCAUGAAGUGCACUUGGGAUGUCUCAGUAGCCAUCGACAAGCAUUAUAACUUCGAAUAGUUUCCGGCAUCCAUCAACUGAGUCUAUAAAUGUCUAGUACUAGUACUUUCUCUUGAUGUUAAAGUCUUGGAGAUAAAUGAAUCAUCAAUGCUGUGCUUGUCAAACUACUAUGGACUCGCUCAGAUCUUAGUAAGGAAUUUGGCUAGGUCAAAUUGCCUGAGUUGGUUGAGGGUUCAAUCAAGUUGUUCCAGGAUGAUGAAUGAUUAUCAACAAAACAUAGUUUAAGUGGUUUGAUCUGUA